AUGUUUCUUUUCGGCUGUUCACGGAAAGAAGACGACAGAGUUCACAAAGUACACAUUGCUCUAGGAAAUGGUAUCAGACCUGCUGUCUGGAAAGAAUUUCUGAUGAGGUUUGGCCCAAUCAAAAUAUUUGAAUUCUACAGAUCCACAGAAGGAAAUCUUGGUUUCUUGAACUAUACUAAUAAAAUAGGAGCUGUGGGUCAUGCUGGCAUCUUCUCAAAGCUACUACAUUCUUCUGAGUGGUUGAAGUAUGAUGUCUGGAAACAAGAAUUUAUGAAGGAUGAAAAUGGAAGGUGUAAGAAAGCAGCCACAGGUGAAUCUGGUCUUCUCAUUGUCCAAGAUACUCAGGAUGCCCCAUUUUCUGGAUAUGCUGGAAAUGAUGAAGCCUCAGAGAAUAAACUCCUGCGUAAUGUGUUUGUGAAAAGAGAUGUGUAUGUUAACACAGGAGACCUCUUAGUGGUGGAUGAGGAUGGCUUCCUCCAUGACCGUGUGGGAGACACUUUCAGGUGGAAAGGAGAAAAUGUUGCCACUGUAGAAGUGGUGGAGAUCAUUGGUAUGAUGGAUUUUGUCCAAGAAGUUAAUGUUUACAGUGUAAGCAUACGAAACUAUGAAGGAAGAACAGGGGUAGCAGCUAUUGUGCUUAAACCUGGCCAAUCCUUUAAUGGAGAAAGACUUUAUAAGCAUGUUGUGGACUUCCUUCCAAGUUAUGCCCAGCCACACUUUGUGAGAAUCAUAGAUGUCAUGCAAAUUACUGCAACUUCCAAGCAUCAGAAAAUGCAUCUGGUGAAUGAAGGAUUUAAUCCAGAAAUUAUAUCUGAACCUCUGUAUUUCAUGCAUAAACCUGCACAUUCCUAUAUUCCUUUGACAAGAGAGAUAUACAAGAAUGUUGUUUCUGGUGAAAUACAUUUGUAA